UUUGUUUGUUUCCGGGCGCGCUUCGCAAAACUCUUAACGGUUUUUUCCAUGGAAAAACUUGAUCUUAAAGCUGUCUGUAUCAUGUGUAGACUACAGUCGUUACCGAAGGUUGUCAUUUAUCAUAGUUAUAUCACGAUCACAUAACUCUUAUAAGUUUUUGUGUGUGUUUGUGUGUCAAUGGCAAGUAAGAAGUUGCGGAGGACGGGCGUCUCAGCUGAUAUCUGCGAGCGACUCAAGCGGCAUCAGGUGGAAACCUGCCAGGAUGUUCUGUCCACCACGCCCGUUGAGCUCAUGCGCCUGGCUGGACUCAGUUAUCCAGCUGCUCUGGAGCUCCUGCGUCUGGUCAGUAAAGCUUGUGUACCGGCUAUGAGCACGGCACUGGAUUUAUGGAGGAAAAAGGGAGAGCUGUGUUUCUCCACAUCACUUCCUGCCCUGGACAGAUUACUGAAGGGAGGUCUGCCACGGGGUGCUCUCACUGAGGUGACCGGUCCAUCAGGCUGUGGAAAGACUCAGUUCUGUAUUAUGCUCAGUGUUUUGGCUACACUGCCAAAAAGUCUGGGAGGUCUGGACAGUGGAGUCAUCUACAUCGACACAGAGUCGGCAUUCUCUGCUGAAAGAUUGAUAGAAAUGGCACAGGCCAGAUUUCCAGAGUUCUUCUCAGCGAGGGAGCGUCUGCUGGAGAUGGCAUCUCGUGUUCAUCUCUUCAGGGAAUUGACUUGUCAGGAUGUCCUGAAUAGGCUGGAGCGUCUGGAGGAGGACAUAAUUGCUUGUCGAGUGGGGCUCCUUAUUUUGGAUUCUGUGGCCUCUGUUGUAAGGAAGGAGUUUGACACAUCGCUGCCGGGCAAUCUAACACACAGGAGUAACUUACUGGGCCAGGAAGCUGCUGUACUGAAGUACCUCUCGCAGGAGUUCCGCAUCCCAGUGGUUUUAACUAACCAGAUCACCACACAUGUGGGCGAGAAGGUUCACUGUCCUCAGUGGAAUCAGGCAGAUGUAUCUACUGAGGAGGACUCUGGGUUUGUGACAGCGGCGCUGGGAAACACAUGGAGUCACAGUGUUAACACACGCCUCAUUGUCCAGUAUGAGGAUACAGAAUGGAGACAGAUUGUUAUAGCCAAGUCACCCGUAGCCCCUUUUGCUGUGCUGAGCUACACUGUUCAGAGGGAGGGCAUACGACUUGAGGGGAAUGAAAACCCAGAAAGUUUUAUAAUCCAAGGAACAGAUCCAGGGCUUCAGCCAAUCAGAGUGAGGACGGGGUUCAUCUACAACCUCUCCCAGGCCACGCCUUCUACUUGCUGAGAACCCUUGGCUGCAGAACUUAGUGGCUGUUAUUGUUCUAUUUUUAAGGUACAAGCCAUGGUUAAACAUUGCAGGAACAUGUGGUGGAUCAGCAGCUCGUUCUUUAUGGCAAAAACGAAGGACAGACACAAAGUGGACAGAGCAAACUCCACAGGUCGACGACCAAGCCUCCCCUUUGUAGAACAUUACCUCAAUUUUCAUCUAGUUACAAAACUGCAGCAUCAGUCAGCUAUUGAUUGACAGGCUUAAUUUUCCUCUCGCUCAUCGUAUGAUAAGACAGCAGUCUUGGACAAACGCUGCUUGACCCUGACUGGCCGUUGCCAUGACUUCUAUUCCCAUGACUCCUGUUCCCAUGGUUCCUCUGCCUUAAAGGGAAGUUUGUCUGAUUAGAUGAACAAUGGUGUUAUUUUGGGUGGUUCCUCCUUUUUCGGCUUGUUUUGCUUUUGGUUGUAUAUGUGCAUAUAUACGCAUUCACACAUAUUCUCUAUGUACUUUGUAUUUGUAUUUAUGAUGCAGUACAGAUUUUAUACACUUCUAACAUUAAUAAAUCAAAGUGAUUUUUAAAUUCAAA